UAUAUAGACUAUAGAGAGAGGGCUGGCUAUGCAAUUAAGAAGCGCUCUAGUCUAUACAGCAACCUAGCUAAAAUAUUCAAAGGCCGGGCUUCAAUUGAAUUCAUUUUAGCUUCUUCUUCAAAGGCUUCUCAUCGAUCUGGUCUCUAUCUACACCAAAUUACUGCAAGAUGAAGAGUUUAUUCACAGCGAUGAUGCUUAUUUCCUCUGUCCUAAAUGGGGGAAAAAUUGGCAAUAACAAUUACAGUAGUGAUGAUGAUGAUGGUAGUAGCAACGGCGGUCUGAUCAACACCGCUUGCAACAACACCCCCAACUACGCACUCUGCGUCUCCGUCCUGGCGUCCGACCCCCGCACCAGCUCCAAGGCGGUGAACGUGGAGACUUUAGGGCUUGUGAUGGUGGACGCCGUGAAGGCGAAGGCGGAGGAGAUGAUAGAAACGAUUCGGGAACUGGAAAAGUCGAAGCCGGUGGAGUGGAGGCUUCCCCUCAGCCAGUGUUACAUCUACUACUACUACGCCGUGGUGCACGCGGACGUGCCGGAAGCAGAGGCGGCUCUGAAGAGAGGCGUCCCCAAGUUCGCGGAGGAUGGGAUGGCGGAUGCGGCGGUGGAGGCGGAGAGCUGCGAGGCUGCGUUUAAGCUGCAGAAUGGAGAUAUAAUUUUGGAGUACUCGGGAUCCGCCAUCGAUGAGAUUAACAAGGAUGUAAUCCAACUCUCUGCUGUCGCCACCUCUAUCAUCAAGAUGCUGUUAUGAAAUAUAUGAUCUCAUCAUCAUAUCCUCCAUCUUCGAUCGAUCUCUACUUCAUUAUUUAUAUAUAAAUGUGCAGUACGUGCAUAUAUGGAAUACAUGAUAUAGUAUACAUACCGCCAGCCCGCUAGGGAUUGGAUCGGAUCGGUACAAUUUAUUUUGUGUGAGAUGAAUCUAGCUAGGUAAUUAUGUAUGUAUGUAUGUACAAUUCAAUUAGCUAGCUAGAUAGUAUGGACUAUAUAUAUGUAAUAAGUUGUUCAUUAAGUAAAAAUAAAUUUAAUUGUUCGAUCUCCUACCUAA